AUGGAAGUCUCUAACCUCUCACGCGCCACCCCUGGCAUAGCCUUUCCUCCCGGACCCGCGAGCUGCAGUGACAGCCCAAGUUCGGGCUGGAGCAUGGGAUCCACCCCAGGCGGGCUCACCUUGUCCGGCCGCGAGCCGCCCCUCUCUGCCUUCACGGUGCUUGUGGUGACUCUGCUGGUGUUGCUGAUCGCUGCCACUUUCUUAUGGAAUCUGCUAGUUCUGGUGACUAUCCUUCGCGUCCGUGCCUUCCACCGCGUGCCACAUAACUUGGUGGCCUCCACGGCGGUCUCGGACGUCCUGGUGGCGGCUCUGGUGAUGCCACUGAGCCUGGUGAGCGAGUUGUCGGCUGGGCGACGUUGGCAGCUGGGCAGGAGUCUGUGCCACGUGUGGAUCUCCUUCGACGUGUUGUGCUGCACGGCCAGCAUCUGGAACGUGGCGGCCAUCGCCCUGGAUCGCUACUGGACUAUCACGCGCCACCUGCAGUACACGCUGCGCACCCGGCGGCGCGCUUCUGCGCUCAUGAUCGCGAUCACCUGGGCACUGUCGGCGCUCAUCGCGCUCGCCCCGCUGCUCUUCGGCUGGGGGGAAGCCUAUGAUGCUCGCCUGCAGCGUUGCCAGGUGAGCCAGGAGCCCUCCUAUGCGGUCUUCUCCACCUGCGGAGCCUUCUACCUGCCUCUGGCGGUGGUGCUCUUCGUCUACUGGAAGAUUUACAAAGCUGCCAAAUUUCGAUUCGGCCGCAGACGGCGGGCGGUGGUGCCCCUGCCUGCCACCACGCAGGCAAAGGAAGCAGCAGCUCAGGAGUCUGAGACAGUGUUCACCGCACGCUGCAGAGCGACAGUGACCUUCCAGACAAGCGGAGACUCGUGGCGCGAGCAGAAGGAGAAGCGAGCAGCCGUGAUGGUGGGGAUCUUGAUCGGCGUGUUUGUGCUUUGCUGGAUCCCCUUCUUCCUGACCGAGCUCAUCAGCCCGCUCUGUGCCUGCAGCCUGCCACCCAUCUGGAAAAGCAUAUUCCUGUGGCUUGGGUACUCAAAUUCCUUCUUCAACCCCUUGAUUUACACUGCCUUCAAUAAGAAUUACAACAACGCCUUCAAGAGCCUCUUUUCUAAGCAGAGAUAAGAAGGGGCGUCUUUCCACAGUCCACAGCCAGCUAAUGACACUCCAAAAAGUCAGAGCACUGGGCCUUGAAUGUUGAAGCGUUCUCAGGAAGGUUGACAACUGUUUGGCAAACAUGCUCGAUCAUACCUUCUACAGGAUGUAACAGACAUUACUCGUGAAUUGUACUACAUUUCUGCACUAGGCAGAAACCCUGCCAAACCCUAAAUGUAUUUUAGGGAUUACUGAUCAUUUGUUACACUCGACAUGUGGCAAAGUUGAUUUGCUUUUGCAUUAUUUAGUACUAGGUCCCUCAGAGAGGGUCUCUCAGGGCUUUCCUGAGACUGUCUCCCUGACAUAGCCACUCCUCCCAUUUCCUAUAAAACCCCCGUCCUGCUGAGGUUGGAGGCUCCUCUGCCUUCCCAUCCUACUGUGUCAAGGUAAUAAAGAGACCCUAA